CGAAAGCAGACGAUCAACCAACUUCCGGUUUAAAAUCCAUCCGGUCGCAAUUUUGUUAAUCACGAUUGACUGAACACGAAGUUGAUUUCGUUUGAACCAAGUGAUGGAUAAGCAAAACAAGAAGCGAAAAAAGUCUUAUUACUUGAAGUCGUCGCAGCAGAAGCGACAGAAGCUGAACAAACUGGAGGCCGGUAUGCGCGGUUUCCUUGUCACAUGUAACCGAGAUGAGAAGCAGGCGGUCCGCGAGAUGUACAAUGUCCUCAAUGAAUAUGCCGAUAUCGUGUACGGAGCCGAACAAGAACAGACUGAGCCAAAAAACACCGAUUUAGACGACGGAAGCGAAGAAAGCUCCGAUGAUGACAUGGAGAAGGCCAUGAAUAAAGAGGUCAAGGUCAUUCAGGACUCCCAGACGGGACCGCGACGAUUCCAGAACUGCUACACCAAUGCCAAGAAUUGCAUCUUCAUCAGCACCACCCUGGAUGACCCCUGCGACCUCGCACACAAAAUAUUCUCCGACUUGUCGUCGAGCAAAAAACAGAAAACGAGAUUCGCCAUGCGCUUGUUGCCCGUCGCGGGAACGUGCAAAGCGUACCUGGAAGAUAUUAAGAAACUGGCCGAGCAGAUUCUGUCUCCGCACUUCUCAACGCCCGUGGGAGACGGGAAGACGUACGGGAUUGUGUUCAGGGUUCGAAACAACAAUGGAGUCAGUAGACAGUGUGUGAUGCCGAUGAUGGGACAGUUGAUUGUUGACAUGAACCCACUGAAUAGAGUCCACCUUAACAAUCCAGAUCUUGUCGUCUUGGUUGAAAUCGUCUGUAGUGUCUGUUGUAUGAGCGUGGUCAAAGAUUUCUACAAAUUCAGGAAGUAUAAUUUUCAUGAAGUGAUUAAGGAUUCAGGAAGCGAAACAGAUAAAAUGCACACGAAAGUUGGGGUUUCAGGAAAUGAAAAAGAGAAAUUAUCUACACAGAUUGGGGAAUCAGGAAAUGGACCCGACAAAAUGUCUACACAGGUUGGGGAUUCAGCAAAUGAAAAAAACACAUUGUCCACACAGGUUGGGGAUUCAGAAAAUGGUCCUGACCAUAAUUCUACACAGGCUGAGGAUUCAGGAAAUGGAACUGACAAAAAAUCUACACAGGUUGAGGAGCUGAAGACUUUGGCCGAGAAUGCUGUGCAGAACAAAAAGGCUGACAUUUCACAGACUGUUAAUUUCAGUGAGACUCAAACGAAUAUCGGUGGAAAAGAUUCAACUGUUACAGAAAUAACAGUGGAUUCACUGAAGGUGGAGAAGUCAUCCUUGUCAAAGGAAGGGUUGUGUGGUCAGAGUGAUUGUGAGAAUCUUGACAAGAAUUUAAACUCGACCAGCAGUGACUGUUCGAAGAAGAUCAUUCCUGCAAUAGAAAAUGAUAGCUGUACUGAAAUGGUUACAUCUUGAUGAGGUACAGCUGUACCGUAUUGGAAGAAAAGUUAAAUGGCAAAACAAGGAGAAAAGACACUGUGAUAGAACAAUUGAUCAAUGUGUGUGUUUUUUCUUCAGUUAUAGUCUAAUAAAGUGAUAUGUAUGACAGUC